AUGUGGCCACGUUCAAUCCGCGCCACAUACGACCGCCUGCGGGAGGCUGACAGCAACGCAGGAUCCGAGGCACAGCAGCCCUUCACUGACCGAGAGGCGCUGAAGCAAGAUAUCGACAAUGAACUCGGUAGCCCUCCUCGCCCAAGUCGGCUCCACCAUCUGCGCGAGAUUCUCCUCGCCCUCGCCGCCGCCUUCUGUCUCUGGGUCGUGCUCGUCACUGCCUGGCGCACGACUAUAAACCCCGUCCCGCGCGCGGUCCGGUACGAGAAGAAGACACUGCACUGCGGCAACACAACUGCCGAGGCUAAGGCAGCUGGCUGCGCAUUUGACCUGCUUGCGCAUAAUUGGGUCGCGCCGCCGUGCCUGGACCCCCUCACCGAGGCCGAGUACCGCGCCUACAUCAGCAGCCCCGAGCGCAAGCUAGGGCCCUACCCGUAUUUCCUCGACAGUGAGGGCACGCGGCGUGUUGGUGAUGAGCGUGCCUUCGCGCUGCUGGCUGACGGUCACCCUGUGCUAGCCAAUCAGCACGUCUACACCACGCGCGAGGAGCACCUGGCGCACUGCAAAUUCCUGCUGCGGAGGACGCACCGCGCCGCCCAGGGGACGGUACGUUUGAACGAUGAGAACCUCGCCUUCUGGCAUGCGGCGCAUUGUCUGGAGGAGCUAAGCCAUCCAGAUAAAAAGCCGUUGGAUGAGUUGAAUGAGGGAUUUUAUGUGGGGUACGCGCCUUGUACCAUAGAAGUGCUAAUUUAG